CCAUGCGGUCGCGCGCACGCGAUCGGUAGGAUUCCGGGGGCCGUGUUAGAACUACUUUGAAAUUACAUUCUUCCUUCCUCCUACGUUCUUCUCCUUGAGGUUAUAAUUGAUUUGACAAAGUUUGAAAAGUAAAAUCAAUCUAGUGGCAUCACCUACUCUCACAUAUCUAAUCAUGUAAGAUCAGUGAUCGCCACAAGGAAGGAAAGAAGGAUUUUGAAAGUUCAAUCUCGAACACGGCCCAGUUCCUCUGGAACGAGGGGGAUUUGCGCUGCCGCGUGCUCGCGCACGCCCCAGCAGGCACCACCGAUUGUUGACAAAGACGCCGCGAGACGGAGAAGAGAGCCCGAGCCUUGGUUUUAAGCCACCGGAGGACUACGGUUGAAGACUCCGUCCGUUUACCGAGAACGAGGAAGGAGCGCGAGCGUCUUGAAAAUCAACCUCUCCCCCUCCUUUCGCCAUCAACCUGAAGGUGUGGCCGGAUCGAGGCGAUUCAGCAAUAGUGUCUUUGCUUUAAACAGUUGUCGGACUGGCGCGUGAAGAAGAGAUCCCCCCGGGUAACCACAUGCACCUUUACAUACCGACAGAAUGAUCACAGUGGGCCGGGAUGGGUUGGUGUCGGUGUAAUUAACGUCAGUCUCAAGGAGUCUUCCAUACCUAGAAGAACCAGGAGGACGGGGUUCAGGCGAGGUCCGGCCGGGCAUGGUGUGAGCUGAAUCGGGCAGCCAGUCUGGGUCUGACCGGUGACCACCCGUCCUUUCCCCGGAGCCUGCGUGGCCCCAAGCCACGUCCAGAGCCCUCCAAGAUGGGGAAGUGUGACGGGAGAGUUACACUGGUGGCGAUAUGUUCACUGCAGCUGAUGGCAGCGCUCCAGAGACAGGUGUUUGACUUCCUGGGCUACCAGUGGGCUCCUAUCCUGGCCAACUUCCUCCACAUCAUGGUCGUCAUACUGGGGAUCUUUGGAACAGUGCAGUUCAGAUCCCGCUACCUCAUACUGUAUGCUGUGUGGUUGGUGCUGUGGGUGGGAUGGAACUCCUUCAUCAUCUGUUUCUACCUUGAGGUGGGACACUUGUCUCAGGACAGGGACAUCCUGAUGACGUUCAACACGUCGCUGCAUCGGUCCUGGUGGAUGGAGCACGGCCCUGGUUGCCUAGUAACGCCGGUGUUGGACUCCCGCAUCGCCCCCGACGACCACCAUGUCAUCACAGUCUCUGGCUGUCUCCUUGACUACCAGUACAUUGAGGUGCUGAGUGCCGCGCUACAGGUUCUACUGGCUCUCUUUGGCUUUGUGUAUGCCUGCUAUGUGAGCAAAGUCUUCCAGGAUGACGAGGAUAGCUUUGAUUUCAUUGGUGGCUUUGAAUCCUAUGGUUACCAGCCUCCUCAGAAGACCUCACACCUCCAACUGCAGCCCCUCUACACGUAGGGCCGGGUAGGGGAAGGAGGCGCCCCCAUCAGACCACACCUCAGCGGUGAAGCUGUCGCCUUGGGAACAGAGCACUCACUCUGCGUGUCACAGUACAACUGAAAGAUGGACUCACCUGUGUGUGUAUGUGAGACCGUGUAUGUGUAUGGUAAUCGAGGGUAAACUGACUGAUACCCCUGAGGUGAAUGUACAGAGGACAGGGUGGAACCAGCCAUUCUAUGAGAGGUGGGGAGGGGGGGGGACACUGGGCUUUGUCACUUGUUAAUGGACACGGAGGAUAUUGAGAGGACACUCUGCACCUGCUGGCUCUUUGCACUCCUAGGACCCUGUGUGUGUGUGUGUGUAGUUCUAAAGGACUAGCUGAAUGACCUCUGGACUAUUGUGGGAGGGGCCUCAAGUCACAUGGGGCACGGCUCUUCCAUGUUGUCAUUUUAGAAUGUGAGGUCAUAAUAGAACAGUCGUACCCCCAAUCCCCAAUCUUGUCCCUAAUUUUGUUGUGACAGGGUGACCCUGUGUACUCACAAUCACAGCAAAAAAGCAGAAGUUGGUUUGUCGUGAUUGUGUGUACACUGCACCAAUUUUAAGGAUUGGGCUUUAGUGUCUCUGGGGAAAGAUGUGGGGAUUCUGUGCAUGUAAAUAUCCGGCUGAUUGGUUGUUUUGGUUUUGGGGGUGGGGAGGGGGUUGUGUAGCCACGCCCCAUUUACAUUUCUCCUCACCUUUUUCACGACCAAGAAUCGUCCUUGAUGACUUUAGAAAUGCUUCCUCCCUUACACACCUUACUACCCUUUCUUCUGUUAUUCUCCCCUCUCUCCACUUCAUUCACUCCUUCCUUUCUUCUAUUAUUCUCCCCCCUCUCCACUUCAUUCACUCCUUCCUUUCUUCUAUUAUUCUCCCCCCUCUCCACUUCAUUCACUCCUUCCUUCCUUCUAUUAUUCUCCCCCUCUCCACUUCAUUCACUCCUUCCUUUCUUCUAUUAUUCUCCCCCCUCUCCCACUUCAUUCACUCCUUCCUUUCUUCUAUUAUUCUCCCCCUCUCCACUUCAUUCACUCCUUCCUUUCUUCUAUUAUUCUCCCCCUCUCAACUUCAUUCACUCCUUCCUUUCUUCUAUUAUUCUCCCCCUCUCCACUUCAUUCACUCCUUCCUUUCUUCUAUUAUUCUCCCCCUCUCAACUUCAUUCACUCCUUCCUUUCUUCUAUUAUUCUCCCCCCUCAACUUCAUUCACUCCUUCCUUGCUUCUAUUAUUCUCCCCCUCUCCACUUCAUUCACUCCUUCCUUUCUUCUAUUAUUCUCCCCCCUCUCCACUUCAUUCACUCCUUCCUUUCUUCUAUUAUUCUCCCCCCUCUCCACUUCAUUCACUCCUUCCUUUCUUCUAUUAUUCUCCCCCCUCUCCACUUCAUUCACUCCUUCCUUUCUUCUAUUAUUCUCCCCCCUCUCCACUUCAUUCACUCCUUCCUUUCUUCUAUUAUUCUCCCCCCUCUCCACUUCAUUCACUCCUUCCUUUCUUCUAUUAUUCUCCCCCCUCUCCACUUCAUUCACUCCUUCCUUUCUUCUAUUAAUCUCCCCCCUCCACUUCAUUCACUCCUUCCUUUCUUCUAUUAAUCUCCCCCCUCUCCACUUCAUUCACUCCUUCCUUCCUUCUAUUAUUCUCCCCCCUCAACUUCAUUCACUCCUUCCUUCCUUCUAUUAUUCUCCCCCCUCAACUUCAUUCACUCCUUCCUUCCUUCUAUUAUUCUCCCCCCUCAACUUCAUUCACUCCUUCCUUCCUUCUAUUAUUCUCCCCCCUCAACUUCAUUCACUCCUUCCUUCUAUUAUUCUCCCCCCUCAACUUCAUUCACUCCUUCCUUCCUUCUAUUAUUCUCCCCCCUCAACUUCAUUCACUCCUUCCUUCUAUUAUUCUCCCCCCUCAACUUCAUUCACUCCUUCCUUCUGUUAUUCUCCCCCCUCAACUUCAUUCACUCCUUCCUUCCUUCUAUUAUUCUCCCCCCUCUCCACUUCAUUCACUCCUUCCUUUCUUCUAUUAAUCUCCCCCCUCUCCACUUCAUUCACUCCUUCCUUUCUUCUAUUAAUCUCCCCCCUCUCCACUUCAUUCACUCCUUCCUUUCUUCUAUUAUUCUCCCCCCUCUCCACUUCAUUCACUCCUUCCUUUCUUCUAUUAUUCUCCCCCCUCUCCACUUCAUUCACUCCUUCCUUUCUUCUAUUAA